CAUGGCGUCAGUCGCUUCCCAGCCUUCAUACUGUGCGCAUCGCUGACCGUGCGCCGGACGCGAGUGCCACCUGUUGCUACUACCCGUUCUGUGACCAUCGUAGCGCCGGCCGGUAGUCCGUCGCCUGGUGCAACUGCCACUUCUCCGCCGAGGAUUACCCAGCAGAGAACGAGAUGCUCCUCACGGAGGUGAACAGCAGCGCGGAGGCGGGCCCGCCGGCGCGGCCGCAGCUGAUGUCGCAGCAGUCGAGUGUGUGGGCGCGCAGGCAGCAAGCGGUCUGCGUGCGGCACGCCUUCAAGCACUACGGCUCCAACAAGAACCCCAACCACGUGCUCACCAACCUCAACAUGACCGUCGCCAAGGGCACCAUCUACGGCCUGCUGGGCGCCAGCGGCUGCGGCAAGACGACGCUGCUGAGCUGCAUCGUGGGCCGGCGGCGACUCAACACGGGCGAGAUCUGGGUGCUGGGCGGCCGUCCCGGCUCCAAGGGCAGCGGAGUGCCCGGCCGGCGCGUCGGCUACAUGCCACAGGAGAUCGCGCUGUUCGGCGAGUUCUCCAUCAAGGAGACGAUGAUGUACUUCGGCUGGAUCUUCGGCAUGAGCACCUCCGAGAUCCACGAGCGGCUGCGCUUCCUGCUGGACUUCCUGGACCUACCCAGCCAGAAUCGGCUCGUCAAGAACCUCAGCGGCGGUCAGCAGCGGCGGGUGUCGUUCGCCGUGGCGCUCAUGCACGACCCGGAGCUGCUCAUCCUGGACGAGCCCACGGUCGGCGUCGACCCUCUGCUGCGACAGAGUAUCUGGAAUCAUCUGGUGAACAUCACCAAGGACGGCAACAAGACGGUCAUCAUCACGACGCACUACAUAGAAGAGGCUCGGCAAGCGCACGUGAUUGGGCUGAUGAGAAGUGGACACCUGCUAGCAGAGGAGUCUCCACAUGUGUUGCUGUCCAUGUAUGGCUGCCAGUCUUUGGAGGAGGUUUUCCUCAAGCUCAGUCGUCGCCAGGGCAAUGGUGCCAAUGGCUCUGAUAACCUCAACAUCUCCAAUAACAUAUCACUGGCAUCUCUUCACUGGGGAAAGAAAGAUGGACCAGUGUAUGUGACAGAAGAAAGUGGAGUUGUUGGACUGAACUUCCACCAGUCAAAAGAAGUACUCAUUCAAGAUACAAGCAAUGGUGUUGGAUAUCAUGAGAUGAAUGGUGGCACCAAAGCCAUGGGAAGUACCACAGCAGUUGACUGUGAUGAUUGUGGUGAUUGUUCUAAUUGUGGAAACCUGACAACGAGAGGCAAGAUGAGAGCUCUUUUACAAAAGAAUUUCUUACGGAUGUGGCGAAAUGUUGGGGUAAUGCUGUUCAUUUUUGCACUGCCGGUUAUGCAAGUUAUUCUCUUCUGUCUUGCCAUUGGUAGAGAUCCUGUUGGUCUCCAUUUGGCCAUUGUAAACCAUGAGAUGAAUUUUUCAAAUGUUGAAGACUGUCCUGUUGAUGGAAACUGCAGUGUUUCCAACCUAGGUUGUCGUUAUCUCAAGCAUUUAAAAUCAGAAACUAUAAUAAAGGAUUAUUAUCCUGAUCCGCAAAGUGCUGUUAAUGCAGUGAAAAAUGGAGAUGCAUGGGGUGCUCUUUAUUUCACUGAGAACUUCACUGAUGCUCUUGUUGCAAGGAUGGGCUUAGGCCGUCUUGCAGAUGAGGAGACAUUAGAUCAGAGUGAAAUACAUGUAUGGCUUGACAUGUCCAAUCAGCAGAUUGGACUGAUGCUAAACAGAGACUUACAGUUUGCUUACAGAGACUUUGCCAAAGAUCUGUUGACAGCUUGUGGAGAAAAUCCUAAACUAGCUGAUGUUCCCAUUCAGUUCCAAGAACCUGUCUAUGGCACAAAUGAUCCAAGUUUCACUGAUUUUGUAGCACCUGGUGUUAUACUCACGAUUGUGUUUUUCUUGGCUGUGGCUCUGACCUCAUCAGUUCUUAUUAUUGAGCGAAUGGAAGGUCUUCUUGACAGGAGCUGGGUAGCAGGUGUAACACCAUUUGAAGUACUGUUCUCACAUGUAAUAACACAGUUUGUGGUGAUGUGUGGUCAAACAGCUCUAGUACUAAUAUUUAUGAUUGUAGUAUUUGGUGUUCAGUGCAAAGGAGACAUUGGUUGGGUGGUAGUUCUGACAAUUCUGCAAGGUCUCUGUGGCAUGUGUUUUGGAUUUGUUAUUUCUGCAAUUUGCGAACUGGAAAGAAAUGCUAUUCAGCUGGCCCUGGGUAGUUUCUAUCCCACCCUACUACUCAGUGGUGUGAUAUGGCCAGUUGAAGGCAUGCCAAUUGUCCUGCAAUACAUCAGUCUGGGUUUACCUCUAACCAUGGCCACCACUGGCCUCAGAAGUAUGCUGAGUAGAGGCUGGACGAUAACUCAGCCAGAAGUUUACAAUGGUUUCAUUGCCACCAUCACCUGGAUUGUUCUCUUCCUCACAAUCAGUUUGAUUGUCCUCAAAGUGAAGAGAGGUUAAUCAGUAUAGAAGGAGCCUUGUAGGAGUCUUAAUAUUUGUGUUGCUCCAUGAGCAUCACAUUCCUUGUUGGUCUGUCAAAUGUGCCAGUGAUGUGGAAUGACAAACACAUGAAAGAAAUUUGAACAGCUGCUGGACAGAAUAAAGACUGCUACAGCAACAAGUGUGCCGAAGAUUCCUCAGUUUUACUGUAUGUGUGGUAUAGUGAAACUGCAAAACUAAAGAUACAGUCUCACUGACUGUGAGUGUGUGGCUGUGUUAAUGGUGUAUAUUUUGUGUGCUUUGUGGCAGUGAAACAACCACUGCAUUAUAUUGUGUUGGUUCUGAAUGGCCAAAUGUAUGACCAUUUACUAUCAUUCAUCCAUAUUGUUUUUCAGUUUUAUAAUAAUUUUAAAGUUCAUAUUAAGCAUUUAAAUCCCACUUUUAUUUAAGCAUUGGAAAAAAUGGCAAGGAUUUACACACAUCAUAUUUGUAUGAAAAUUAAUUUCGCUUUGUCAGGAUUGGAAGGAAAGGAACAAACUUGUCUUUUACAUUUUUGGUAGCCUACAUAUUAUGGGGAUAUGAGUAAAAAUCUGUAUCCAUCAGGAGCAACUAAAGGUGGGAUAUAAUGUAUAAGGUGCAUUUUAAUAAAUAUUUAUGAAACAAUGUUUACAAAAAAUUUCUGAAAUUAUUAAAUACCACUGCACCAGAAAGACUUUAUCAAAAAACCUGAAUUUUUUAUGGAUAUUCUAUGGUACUUCAUUCAGUAAUUGCUGCAGAGGCCUCUGCCCUAUUUGUAUGUGGCCCACAGUAGAUAUUUUUUUCUGACAUAUCUCUGGAGGCAGUCAAUUUUAAAUGUUAUGUCAAUUUAAAUUGCACUUUAUGUAAUAUUUUUUUUUUUAAGUGAAAUCCUCAAUAUGGUCUGCAGAUACAGUUCCAAUUGUUUCCAUGUGCUUUCAGAACAGAUACAAUUUUGUUUUGUGGAAAUGAGCUUUGGAACAGCUCCUUCUCACAGAACAUUUUGUUAAUUUUUUUAUAAAUACCAUUAUUCAUAUUUAGUCUGUGAUUUACUUUUAAGCAGUGACUGCUUUAAAUAUGAGAAUACUUGAUACUGUUGUACUUAACAUUGUUUGUUCUAUCUGAAUCCAAACAUUACAUACUGUACCUCAGAAA